AUGUGUUGUUUGAUCUUGUUAUCCGUCAUUUGCAUUAUCGGCGUCACAUUGUUCGUCUUCCGGUCCACUCGACCUAAGAAGAUGCUCGAUCCGACAGGUCGCGCGGUGGUCGUCACCGGAUGCGACACCGGGUUCGGGCACGCCAUCGCCAAGCGUUUCGACGAGGCGGGGUUCACGGUGUUUGCUGGAGUACUGUACCCAGAGAAGGCUGGAGCCAUGAAGCUCCGUGCAGAGGGUUCGGAGAGGCUUCAUGUGAUCCACAUGGACGUGACCAAGGAUUCCCAGGUGCAGGAGGCUGUUGACUAUGUCCAGAAGCACCUUCCUGAUCCGGACAAAGACGAUGUCAGCAUGGUCAGUCCGUCUAUCUUCGGCCAUUUCAGAUGGUUUUAG